AUGCACCAGCAACUUGGCGCGAAGUGUGGUGACUGGGCAGAGGCUCGUGCGUGCAAGAUGGCGUCUGCUGGUGGCGGGAUGACGGCGGGCAUGGAGAAAGCAACGGGCAGGGGAGCGGGAGCAUUAGUGGACAAGACUCUCUCGCAACUCACCUGGCACGCAUUCGCACCCGGCGUCAAGGCACGGCACAACAAGCCGCCAGAGAUCUCGAUCACGCGAUCGCAGCGCUUCACGCAGAUCUGUGUCCAUCACGCCCAAAAGCUCGAGGAGCUCCGCCUUCUUGAAGAUGCCCGCAGUAAGCCUCCCCGCUCGGCUGUGAAGUCGCUGCAAGAGGAGCUCGACCACGGCUUCGCCUUCAGCAAAGCCACCAAGGAAGACUUUGAGACAUCCACACCGUACCGGAAGCCUCCGCUACCGCCCGUUCACCCGUCGUCAAGUGCAAGCAAGGCCUCGCGUGCGAAGCAUACCGUUACUUUCGCACCAGAGGUCCCGGAGCGGCGGUCGCCCCGCAAACCUGUCGAUGUGCGCAUGAGCAUGGAUGCCAGGGAAGAUAUCGCGCCGGAGGCGAAUAAAGUCCCAGCUCCGCGGAGCCCGAUCCUCAAGAAGCCCACUCCGAUCAAAAAGCUGCCCAGCGACACGGUAUUCAUGACCGCCGACAGCGGUCGAACGAAUAAAUACGAUACGAAGGACAAGGCCGUCGGCGUGCAAGAGAUCGUCGAUGUCCUCCAAGAUCUGCAAGAGGCCGUCAUGCAGAAGAUCGCCAGACGCUUCGAAGGCGUGCGAGACGACGUGCGCGCGGGGCGCGAGGCCAUCCUCGCCGAGGCCGCAGCCGACCUGCUCGAGCUGCGCACCGAGAGGCGAGUGCAUCUCCCC